AUUUAAUUUAUCAAUCUCUGGGUUAUAGGUUUGUGUCAGCAGACCUGACUAAUAUUGACUUGGACCAAAGGAAGUCUGGUUAUUUUCUGAAAGAGAAACACCAGCAUUGGAUUCAUCCUACAAACAGUGCUGUCUGUCUUGAAGGCCUGGUGAAAAGGAACAUGACCCAAAAGUGUUGCAGUAACAGCCAGUGUUGAAUGACGGUGCCCCCUGGUUCCUCCAUACUGUCCAAUCGCAGGCCAGUCUUGAGUUUCUAGUUACUUCAGUUGCUAUGGAGAUGAUUCCUCAACACCUCACACCAAGUUUUCACAUCAGAUCUCCACACUGGACGAGUGUUAAGUCUACCACACUUUAUUCUGGCAGAGUUGUGUACUUUUCAGACUUCCAACAGCUGAUCCGUGCAGAGGAGUCCACUCAUGCAGGUCCAGUCGGUUCCACUUGGUUCUGUCACCAUCGGUCCCAGGUCCUGGCGGGAUGACACGAUCAGCUCCAUCCGACGAGCCGAGCGCCUGGUUCGGCAGACCCGGCCCGGUGCGUCAGGGUCAGGAUCAGGGUCCACCGGAGCCCGAGUCACCACCACCAGCAGCAGCCGCAGCAGCAGCAGGCGGCCCCGGAGCUGCAGCGCCGCCGCAGGUUUCACCCCGAAACGCACCGAAGACGCGACGGAAACAGCCGAAGAUAAGAUCAUAGAAAAGGAAAGUGAAGAAAGUCCUGAGACAUUGUGUAAGAAUAAGACCUCAAGACCCCAAACUACUGGACCCAUGUUCCCUGAAUGCACCCAGAGGACAUCUGCCGUCCCGUUUCCUCCAACCAGUUUACGUGAACAGUGCGCCGGGGCCAGUGUCGCCGUGGCCGCUGAGUACAUGAGGAAGGUGCGUGAGGUGGAGGGUCACCUCCGCAGACAGGCCGGCAGGGUGACCCAGGAGGGCGUCAAGCUGGAGAGGGAGAGGGGCCACCUGGAGAAGAUGCUCCGCAACAUCAGGACCAACCUGAGCAUCAACAGGAGGAGCUCAGAGGGGAGGAGCAGGAGGCCGCCCACCGCAGAGACGCAAAGGGACGGCGCUGAUUAUUUGUUGGCGUGCGAGAAGCGUGAGCUGGUCCAGCUGAAACAGGAUCUGGAGGGAGUCCUGAGGAACACUCUGACCCAGCUCCAGGCUCUGGCUCAGAGCAGGCGACAGCUGCUGGACUCUGCUGCUGAAAGGGCUCGAGUCCUGGAGCUACUGCCUCAUAGUGGAUCUGCAGGACGAUCCAGAUCUGCUGCUCAGACCUUCACCAAAACAGACCCCAUCAGCCCCUUCACACCAGAGUGUAAGCAGGUGUUGGACUCAUCAUCCUCAACUGUCAAACAGUCCCAGCUGCUGAGAGAAAACAUCAGGCAGAUGUUAACCAGCGCCAUCUGCAGGCAGGAAGCUGCACAUCAGGCUGUGAACGACGGUCUGGUGAAGAAAGUAGCAGAAACCAUCAGUCUGCAGCAACGCCUGACGUUAAUGUCUGCAGCCACGAGGCAGGCCAUGUUUCGCAAGCAGAGGGAAAUUAACUGCAUCGACCACAGCCACGGCCGAGCACAGGGUCCAGAGUACAGUGGAGACAUACUGUCCAGAGAGAAACUCAACAGGCCCAUGGUGCAAGUUUACCAGAGACACCCAGGGACGCAGUUACCUGAGGCUGUUCAGCUCAUACAGGGCAGUGCGGUGCUGAGACGAUGCCUGACGUCCACUGAAGGCGAGCUGGUCCGGCUGCAGGACACGUGUCUGCAGCUGGUCCACAACCUGCACGGCAAGAGGACGGCGGCUCAGGUGGACUCAGCUGUGCUUCGAAUGAGACGACAGCAGGUGGACAAGAGGGCUGUCCCGGCUUUUCUCCAACAGGAGGCGCACAAAAACCAGCUGGCCUUGUCUUGUGUUCAAUAAAGUAAGAAAAGACCCUGCAGGAGGAUGGACCCUGAUAGUGCAUAACAUGAUGUUUGUUAUUCAUGUCAGGUUGAGCUCAUUUGGUCUACUUUGUACUGUUGGGUAUUUAUAGAACAUAGAGCAGGGAUGUCAAACAUACGGCCUGUGGGCCAAAACCAGCUCGCCAAAGGGUCCAAUCCCGUCCAAGGGAUGAAUUUGUGAACAGUCACAAGUGUCGAACUCAUUUUAGUUCAGGGU